AGAACCACACGUUGCAUUUCAUGAUUCUUUAUUUCUUGAUUCAUUAUUUGAGUCCUCCAUCAAUGUUUCUUUCUUGUAUCACGAACCUUGUCCCUUCUGUUUCUGUAUUUGACAACACUUUAUCAAUCAAUCAAUUAAAUUAUUUUUUCAUUAUACAAGUUCUUCGGAAGCUCCAAUAUUAUUCAAUCAUGGGGCCACAAAUCACAAAUGGUCCCAACAAUUACGUGAAUCUGGACUACAUUUUUCAGAUAUGUUAUCUUCUUCGAUCCAGCAGAGUGUGAUGCUUCCAAGAUGGAGAAGUUGGUGGAAGUGUCGGACCAGGUGGUAUGCAUCGACUUCGUGCUCGGAACCAAAUGCAGAGCCACCGUCCGCCUCAGAUCUCUCAGCGCUACCACCUCAAUCGCCUUCAAAAUCCAAACCUCAUCUCCUCACAAGUUCCUGGUCAAUCCACCGAGUGGACUCAUCUCUCCUCUCUCUCAAUCCACCUUCCAGAUAAUCCUCAGACCGCAACCGAAAAUUCCUUCUACUUUCCCUCGCUCCGCCUCCGACCGCUUCCUCAUCCGCACCUCCUUAGCCGGAUCCUCCGUGUCGACCAACCCGGACACCAUCACCUCCUGGACGCAUGACAUUAAACUGAAAGUCGCCUUCGUCGGUCCGUUCCUGCUCCGGCAUGCGGUGAAUAUCGGUGAUUGCGACGCUGUGAGGAGUAUGUUAAAGUUUCAGAGGACGAUUUUAGCCGAGUUAUCGACUCGUGAGGCUGAAUCGCUCCACCGUGUGGCUGUCAGGUUGGAUAAUUCUGUUGAGAUGGUGAGUUUGCUACUGGAGGCCGGGUUGAAAAUUGAGUCAACAACUCGGAUUUUAGAAGACGUGGAAGAAUCUAAAUGGACGGAGAAAGGGUGGUCGGAAUUACACGUGGCGGCGGCGUUUGAUCGGACAGAUGAGGUUUCGAGAUUGAUUAAAAUGGGAAACCGUUGGGCGUUGGAUUGCAAAGAUAGAGAAGGAAAGACACCGUUGUAUUUAGCGGCAAGCAAAGGGUAUGAGAAGUGUGUUAAACUGUUGGCGGGUGCAGGUGCUACCGUGGACGCUAAACGUAUCGAUGGUUGGACGGCGUUGUACAGAGCAGCAGCGAAAGGUGACCGUCGGAUGGUAAAAGUGUUGAUUGAACUUGGUGCAGAUCCAUCGAUCGUCGCCGAUAAUCGGAAUCGUUCCGCCAUUGAUGUCGCCCGAGAUGAGGGACAUAAAGAAGUGGUUGAAACCCCUAGAACGAGGGGAAGAGAUGCGAGUGUGGAUUUUCGAGAUCAGUACGGUUUGACUGCGAUUCACAUGGCAUCCAUUAAAGGCUACAAAGAUGUGGUGAUGUUGCUGGUUGAGUUUGGUUCUGAUCUGGAAUGCACGGAUGCGGAAGGGCGGACGCCGCUGCAUAUGGCGGUGGUUGGCGGCGACAAAGAUACGGUGGAGGUGCUGGUAAUCAGAGGAGCAAACGUUAAUGCCAAGUGUAAUAGAGAUGUAACGCCUUUACAAGUUGCUGAAGCAAUGGGGAAUGAAAUUCUAACACAGUGUCUCCUUCUCCAUCAAGCUACUUGUUGA